UUCACAGACUGGUUGAGGAGCAGCACGCUGAGAAAGGAGGGGGGCUGGGGGAGGGAUCAGCAAAGCUGGAUGGGGUCAAUCCCAGGGAAUCUCUAGCAAAUGCUCUGUGACUGAGAAACGUGACACUUUCUGCGCUGCCACUGUCACCGGGCCAUCGUGAGAGCUGAGAAGUGGGACUGAGCGAGGAGGAGCGAGGAGGAGCAGAAGCACUGCGACCGGAGGGACACGGGCGGCAGACGAUGGAAGGGCUGCUGUCGGCAGUACAGCUGCACCCCGGCCUGGCGGUGGCAGCCUCCUCGCUGGCUUUCAGGGCCGUCCACGGGCUCCUGCAAUCUCUGCCGCUGCCCAAAGGCGUGCAGCACGACGAGUUCCGCGUGUGGAAGUGGAGGAACCUCUCCGUGUCCCUGGUCCACUCGCUGCUCACGGGCACCUGGGCCAUCUCCUGUGUCCUCCUGUGGCCAGAGAUGUUGGACAACAUGCACUCCCACUAUACGCCGCUGUCCUACCUCCUCGUCUGCAUCUCCACAGGGUACUUUGUUCAAGACGCCGGCGACAUUAUCCUUACGGGACAUGCUAGAGGAUCAUGGGAGUUCCUGCUUCAUCAUGCAAUGGUGGUCUGGACCUUCCUGUACACCCUGGUGACACGGCGCUACGUGGCGGGUGCGGUGGUGGCUCUCUUCGUGGAGGUUAACAGCGUCUUCCUGCACAUGCGGCUGAUGCUGAAGCUGGCAGGAGCUCAGGCUUCUAGGCUGUACGGCCUCAACCGGCUGCUCAACCUUGCCACCUACGUCUUCUUCCGCCUGGGCGCCCAGGCCUUCCUCACCUGGUUCAUUGUGAGGAACUACUCCAGUUUGGACCACGCCGGCUAUUUCCUCAGCACCAUGAUGCUCAUGAACCUGAUGAUCCUUAUCUACUUUGGCCGCCUGCUCCGCGCCGACUUCUUCCCCCAGGCCAAGGCCCACACGGCCCACAAUGGCACAACAAACUCCAAGAAGUUUCUCAGCGAAUAAGGCAGAGAGGCUACAUCAUGAUGCUCUUAAAAUGCACUUCCACCAUCAACAGUUUGGCUUCCGAACUCUGUGUUUAGAACCUCACAGGACAUAUACCCGUCUCGUGCAGAUACGCGUAUCAUCCUGUCUUCUGAGCUGCCUCCAGUAUUUUCACAAAACCUUACAUGGCUGCUAAUGACUCAGGCAGUGCAGUUUGAGUAGCUAUGUGACACAUUAACACAGGUUGAGGUAGCUGUGUUAUAGCUAGUUUUGAUAGCUUUUGGUGACACCUGUUGGCAUCUUUUGGCACUUGUCUGAAAACAAACCAGGUCGGAUCCACGGAGAGCGGCGACCGUAAAGGGAAACGAUGGCCGUGGUUUUGGUACAAGUACUGUCCGAAUGAAGCCCACACCAGCUGAUGGACAGGGAGACAGCUGAUGCACAUCUCUUCACACUAAAUACCUACAUAACGGUUUUUAAAAUUUACUCACUCACCAUAUAAGUUUGUUAAUAAUGAAUGUUUUCUAUUGUAUUUUUUAAGAAUCAGGGUGAUAAAACACGUUUGUGUGUUUGACUCUUUAUAUUGUAUUAAUAACAUCGACAAUAUUUUCACACAUCGGAAGUAUUUGGUCACAAACUUAAUAAAUGAAUUAGGCUAUUUGCCUCAUAAAUGA